AUGGCGCUAAAACGCAUCCAGAAGGAGUUGGCAGACCUCGGAAAUGACCCGCCGGCCAAUUGCUCUGCGGGCCCAGUGGGAGAUGACAUGUUCAACUGGCAGGCCACCAUUAUGGGACCUCCAGAUUCAGCCUACCAGGGCGGGGUGUUCUUCUUGAACAUCAACUUCCCAUCGGAUUACCCCUUCAAGCCGCCCAAGGUGCACUUUACUACGAAGAUCUACCACUGCAACGUGAAUUCGAAUGGGGCGAUCUGCCUUGACAUUUUGAAGGAUCAGUGGAGCCCCGCAUUGACCAUCUCCAAGGUCUUGCUGUCCAUCUCAUCUCUGCUGACAGAUCCCAACCCCAAUGAUCCGCUUGUACCCGAGAUCGCGCAAGUCUAUCUCAAGGACCGGGCCAAGCAUGAUGCCACAGCACGGGAGUGGGUGCAGAAGUAUGCCACUUAA